AUGCGCGUAUUCUGGCCCACCCGUGGACUUCUGGCAAAAACCGGCACCGCCGUUGGGUGGAAGGAGGGCGAAAGCAUUGUGGUGGUCACUGUUGUUGACAAGUUUGACACUCCAGCCACCGAUGGCGCAAAUGCGAAUGGCAAGGAAAAGGCGACUGAUGGGGAGGUUCGUCUGCUCCAACCUCUUGCACGCGUGCACCCUGCACAGCACGACACGUCCUCUGUCCCAUCCGACGUCCACAGUGACCUGUUCUCGAUCUGGACCGACUCUGGCCGACCGGUUGCGUACAGUGUCGAUGCCGAGACGGUCUUGUACACACCUCCCAAGCCGCUUACUCACCUCACCCUUGGUGAGGUUGCCUCUGCUGCAACUGGCGGGGAGAACGGUGCAACCUCGGCGGCGCCCACAGUCAAGGACAGCGACCUCCGUCCGGUUCUGUCUUUGUCAACACUGGCACCGCCCAAGCGCAAGAUUCUCCAGUACCUCGGCUGGGGCCGCAACGCUUUUACGACUUACCGCUUGCUGGGAACGUUCCGGACGCAGGCCAAGAACGGCUUUGGUCUCGUCCCCGCAGGCCUUGUCGCUCCCGGUGUAGCACACACGACCUCGGCAAGAACGCUGCCAACUGUUUCCCUCCCAGAAUUUACCUUGCUCGGGCGUGACUUUGGCGGUGAGAUCGGUGGCUAUACGUUUGGUACAGACAGCGUGCUCGAGCGUCCAACUCCAAUCACUGUUCUUCGCAACGCGUUUACGCUCUUCAUGUUCUGGAGCACCAUUGGGCUGUUUGCCCUCACGCUUAUCCCAUACUCUCAAAGCUUAAUGGGAGCGUUUGUUGCCAUUCUCACCACUGUUACCUCGGUUCUGUCCGCCGAUGUGGUCUUGUUUGGCCGCACUUUGUCGCUUCGGCGCCACAGCGCGUUUUUGAAGCAGGUGGCUGUUCGCAGCGACCAGGUCAAGACACUUGAGACUUCCAUUCGCGCUGAAAUUGACGGAGAGGCACCUACUAAUGCCUUCCUUCAAGUGCGGAAGGCUGUCUUUACGGACAUGCUCGGUGGCUUUUUCUUAUCCGCCAUUGUCUCUGCAGUUCUCGCCUUUUACCCAAUGCCACCUCUCAGUGCCAGUGCCGUCGCUGACCCGAUGGUUGCGGCGCUCCAAUGGCUCAAUGCGUGGCCGGUGGGCCUGAAGCUCAACACCCCGCUGAGCCAAUACUUUUGCUCGGCGUUCAGCACCGUUCUUGUCGCAUGGCGCGAUGUCGUCGCUCCGCUUCUUACCGAGGUUCAAGGGCCAGCCAUUACGGCCAUCCUCCUCGUGGCACUUGGCGGACUCUCUUUUGCGUUUGCCCUGCUUUCGGACAUGGUUACGCUCGUCACACUCCACCUCCGCCUAUGCUACACUGUCAUGGCCAAACUUUGUGGCUGGCAGCUUGCGGCGCUCAAGGGACUCUACGAUCUCUUCCGUGGUAAACGCUGGAACGUACUUCGCCAUCGCACCGACUCGCACGCGUACGAUCUUGACACCCUCUUCCUUGGCACUCUGCUCUUUACUCUCUCGACCUUCCUGGCCCCGACCGUGCUGGCGUAUGGCGCCCUGUUUGCCGUGAUCAACCUUGCUAUCGUGGGCGUUGAGGGUACACUCGCUCUUGCAGUCGGCGCACUUAACACGAUCCCCACACACGCGCUCAUGUCCCGUGUCCUCAAGCCCGCGAGCGUUCCAGCGGGCAUUGUGUUCGACGUUGUCCCCCACCCUUCCGUCAAGGUUGGCGACUCUACCGCCCUUGCGCCACGCUUCACGCUACUUCUCAGGACCACACCGAAAAGCAUUCCGACGAUCGUUAGCGAGUGGUUGCGCGCAGCCCAACGUGCUGCUGGAACACCAUAG